CUCUUUCUCACAGAGACUUCCGGUUUCCGCCAUUGUUGAAGCUCGAAUUUGCUUCAUUCUCAGUUACUGAAUUUUCAAGAGUUUGGGUUUGAUUUGGAUUGAAAAGGAAGCUCUAACGCUUCGCGAGCUGUCGCAAUUCAGUAGUUCCAUUGGGAAAAAAAGUUUUGGAUUUGAAUUGGAGGAAAUGAGGUAGACGAGAGUGAUGAUUCUCUGGCGAAAGUGCCGAGCUUUGAGGUAGUGAGAAGUAGGGGAGUUCUUCGGCAUUUGCAUUGCCGACGAGAGGCCAAGAAGAAAUCCUAAGUGGCGUAUGGUGCAAAUGUCAAAGUCUCCCUCCCCAAAACGACGAGACCCUGUGUCUUCCUCUACCUCUCCGCCUGGGGACUCAAAUGGAACUGGGGAAAUGGAUGAUGCAGAAUCUACUAUGACGACUGUUGCUCAAUUUGUUGAGCAACUACAUGCAAACAUAUCUUCGCCAAGUGAGAAAGAACUUAUUACAGCACGAUUGCUAGGUAUUGCUACAGCAAGAAAGGAUGCCAGGGUGCUUAUUGGUUCUCAUGCCCAGGCAAUGCCAUUAUUCAUAAGCAUUCUCAGAAGUGGGACCCCUGUGGCUAAAGUUAACGUCGCUGCAACCUUGAGUGUUCUGUGCAAGGAUGAAGACUUGCGUCUUAAGGUUCUUCUAGGCGGGUGCAUCCCACCUUUGCUCUCGCUUUUGAAAUCUAAAUCUAUUGAGGCCAGGAAAGCUGCAGCGGAGGCUAUAUAUGAAGUUUCUGCUGGUGGACUUUCUGAUGAUCAUGUUGGUGUGAAAAUAUUUGUAACGGAAGGUGUAGUACCAACCUUAUGGGAUCAACUCAAUCCAAAGAAUAACCGGGACAAAGUGGUAGAGGGAUUUGUCACCGGGGCUUUGAGAAAUCUUUGCGGUGACAAGGAUGGUUAUUGGAGAGCAACACUUGAGGCUGGAGGAGUGGAUAUAAUUGUUGGUCUUCUGUCUUCUGAUAAUGCUACUGCUCAGUCUAAUGCAGCUUCUCUCUUGGCUCGUCUGAUGUUGGCUUUCAGUGAUAGCAUCCCCAAAGUAAUAGAUUCUGGAGCAGUUAAAGUUUUGCUUCAGCUUGUUUCUCGGGAAAAUGAGAUUUCUGUGCGUGCAAGUGCAGCAGAUGCUUUGGAAGCACUUUCCUCAAAAUCAGCAAAAGCCAAGAAGGCUGUUGUAGAUGCAAAUGGCAUUCAAAUUCUUAUUGGGGCGAUAGUUGCUCCAUCUAAAGAGUGUAUGCAAGGACAGUGUGGUCAGGCUUUGCAAGAGCAUGCUACACGAGCUUUAGCAAAUAUUUGUGGUGGGAUGCCUGCUUUGGUUUUAUAUCUUGGAGACCUUUCACAAUCCCCUCGUCUAACUGCUCCAGUUGCUGAUAUUAUUGGAGCUUUAGCUUAUACUUUGAUGGUUUUUGAGAUGAAAUCUGGUGGUGAUGAGGAGCCUUUUGAUGCGAGGGAAGUAGAGGAUAUUCUAGUAGUGCUACUUAAGCCUCGUGAUAAUAAGCUAGUGCAGGACCGCGUGCUUGAGGCCAUGGCUAGUCUUUAUGGAAACAACUAUCUUUCAAGAUGGAUUAAUCAUGCAGAAGCCAAAAAGGUUCUUAUCGGACUUAUAACAAUGGCUACUACUGAUGUGCAAGAGUAUCUGAUACAGUAUUUGACAAGUUUGUGCUGUGAUGGUGUUGGCAUUUGGGAGGCCAUAGGCAAGAGAGAAGGAAUUCAAUUACUUAUUUCAUUGUUGGGCUUAUCAAGUGAGCAGCAUCAGGAGUAUGCUGUUCAGUUGCUGGCAAUCUUAACUGAUCAGGUUGAUGAUAGCAAGUGGGCUAUCACUGCUGCAGGUGGAAUUCCCCCAUUGGUACAGUUGCUAGAGACAGGCUCUCAAAAGGCAAAGGAGGAUGCUGCACAUGUUUUGUGGAAUUUAUGCUGCCACAGUGAAGAUAUCCGUGCUUGUGUUGAAAGUGCUGGAGCAAUCCCAGCAUUCUUAUGGCUCUUGAAAAGUGGUGGAUCGAGAGGCCAAGAGGCCUCAGCAAUGGCACUUACUAAGCUUAUCAGGACUGCAGAUUCUGCCACCAUCAACCAGUUACUCGCUUUGCUCCUUGGCGACACUCCAAGCUCAAAGGCCCAUAUAAUCAAAGUUUUGGGUCAUGUGCUCACAAUGGCGUCGCAGAAGGAUCUUGUGCACAAGGGUUCUGCACCUAAUAAAGGGUUAAGAUCUCUUGUCCAGGUUCUUAAUUCAUCAAAUGAAGAAACUCAAGAAUACGCAGCUUCAGUCCUUGCUGAUUUAUUCAGCACAAGACAAGAUAUUUGUGAUAGUCUUGCAACUGAUGAGAUUAUACAUCCUUGCAUGAAGCUUCUGACCAGCAACGCCCAGGUGGUUGCAACACAAUCUGCUCGUGCAUUAGGUGCUUUGUCUCGUCCAACAAAGACUAAAUCACCAAACAAGAUGUCUUAUAUUUCGGAAGGGGAUGUCAAACCUCUUAUCAAGCUGGCUAAAACUUCUUCCAUUGAUGCAGCUGAAACUGCAGUUGCUGCUUUGGCCAAUCUUCUAUCUGAUCCGCCGAUUGCUGCAGAAGCCUUGACAGAAGAUAUUGUUUCUGCAUUGACAAGAGUACUAGGAGAAGGAACUUUGGAAGGUAAAAAGAAUGCAUCACGUGCCCUAUAUCAAUUACUGAUGCAUUUUUCGCUAGGUGAUGUGCUACCAGGAAACGCUCAGUGUCGUUUUGUUGUUCUCGCUCUUGUGGACUCCUUGAAUUCAAUGGAUUUGGAUGGGACUGAUGCUGCAGAUGCUUUAGAAGUGGUAUCACUUUUGGCUAGGACAAAGCAGGGCGUGAACUUCACAUACCCUCCUUGGUCUGCCCUUGCUGAAGUUCCUUCAAGCCUAGAGCCUCUGGUGUGCUGCUUGGCUGAUGGGCCUCCUUCCUUGCAAGAUAAGGCCAUCGAAAUUCUUUCAAGGCUUUGCGGAGACCAAUCAGUAGUGCUUAGCGAUCUGCUGGUUGAUAGAUAUAGAUCCAUUAGCUCACUAGCUGAUAGAAUAAUGAACUCAUUGAGUUUAGAAGUGAGAGUUGGAGGGGCUGCCUUACUAAUUUGUGCUGUGAAAGAACACAAACAACAAUCUAUGGAAACACUUGAUGCAUCAGGAUAUUUGAAAUCUCUCGUAUGUGCUUUAGUAGACAUUAUGAAGAAAAAUUCUAGCUGCUCCUCUUUGGAAAUUGAAGUCAGAACUCCUAGAGGUUUUAUGGAAAGAACAGCAUUCCAGGAAGGAGAUGACUUUGAUAUUCCUGACCCAGCCAGUGUAUUGGGGGGUACGGUUGCCUUGUGGCUGUUGUCCUUAAUAGCUUCCUUUCAUACAAAAAACAGAGUCGGUAUUUUGGAAGCUGGUGGACUUGAGGCUCUUUCUGACAAGCUUGCAAGUUACUCGUCCAAUCCACAGGCAGAAUAUGAGGACACAGAAGGCAUAUGGAUUAGUGCCCUACUUCUUGCUAUUUUGUUCCAAGAUGCAGAUGUUGUUUCAUCUGCUACAACAAUGCGCAUAGUACCUUCACUUGCUCUUCUGCUGAGAUCUGAAGAAAUGAUUGACAGAUUCUUUGCUGCACAGGCAAUGGCCAGUCUUGUCUGUAAUGGUAGUAAGGGACUCAAUCUUGCCAUUGCAAAUUCAGGUGCUGUUUCUGGGUUAAUAAACUUAGUUGGCUAUAUAGAGUCAGACAUGCCAAAUCUUGUUGCUUUAUCAGAAGAGUUUUCUCUGGUGCGAAAUCCUGACCAAGUUGUUUUGGAGCACCUCUUUGAUAUUGAAGAUGUAAGAUUUGGGUCCACUGCACGUAAAUCUAUACCACUUCUAGUUGAUCUCUUGAGACCAAUACCAGAUAGACCCGCUGCCCCUCCAAUCGCUGUCCAUCUUUUGACACGUAUUGCAGAUGGCAGUGAUGCAAACAAAUUAAUUAUGGGUGAAGCUGGAGCUCUGGAUGCUCUGACAAAGUAUCUAUCUUUGAGCCCACAAGAUUCAACAGAAGCCAGUAUAUCUGAAUUAUUUAGAAUAUUGUUCAGCAAUCCUGAUCUGAUCCGAUACGAAGCAUCAGCAAGUUCCUUAAAUCAACUUAUAGCUGUCUUGCGUCUUGGGUCAAGAAGUGCCAGAUUCAGUGCUGCAAGGGCUCUACAUGAGCUUUUUGAUGCAGAGAACGUCAGAGAUUCGGAACUCGCGAGACAGGCUCUCCAGCCAUUGGUUGACAUGCUUAAUGCUGCAUCUGAGAGUGAGCAAGAGGCUGCUCUUGUCGCGUUGAUAAAGUUGACUUCAGGAAAUUCUUCAAAAGCAGCUUUCCUGAUUGAUGUGGAAGGAAACCCACUUGAGAGUCUGUACAGAAUAUUGUCUUCUGCUUCAUCCUUAGAAUUGAAGAGAAAUGCAGCCCAGUUCUGUUUUGUUCUUUUUAGUAACAGCAAAGUCAGGGCAAUUCCAAUUGUCUCUGAAUUUAUAGAGCCCUUUAUAUCCUUAAUGCAAUCUGAUACAAAUGCAGCUGUUGAAGCCGGAGUUUGUGCUUUUGAGAAAUUGUUGGAUGAUGAACAACAGGUGGAGCUUGCAUCAGCCUAUGAUAUUGUAGAUCUUCUUGUUGGCUUGGUAUCUGGGACAAACUAUCUGCUAAUUGAGGCCAGCAUCUGUUCUCUCAUAAAGUUGGGGAAAGACCGGACACCACGCAAAUUGGAUAUGGUCAAUGCUGGAAUUAUUGAUAAGUGUCUUGACCUAUUACCCGUUGUUCCCAAUUCAUUAUGCUCCUCUAUUGCAGAACUAUUUCGUAUUUUGACAAAUAGUAAUGCAAUUGCUCGAAGUUCAGCCGCUGCAAAUAUUGUUGAACCCCUUUUCCUGGCUUUACUUCGUUCAGAUAUCAGUUUGUGGGGACAGCAUAGUGCAUUGCAGGCUCUUGUAAAUAUUUUGGAGAAGCCACAAAGCCUUACGACUUUAAAACUCACUCCUAGCCAAGUCAUUGAACCUCUCAUCUCAUUUCUAGAAUCCCCAUCUCAAGCCAUUCAACAACUUGGCACAGAAUUGCUCUCUCAUCUUCUUGCACAGGAACAUUUUCAACAAGAUAUUACAACAAAGAAUGCUGUCGUCCCUCUUGUGCAGCUAGCUGGAAUCGGAAUAUUGAAUUUACAGCAAACUGCAAUCAAGGCAUUGGAGAAAAUCUCCACCAGUUGGCCAAAGGCUGUUGCUGAUGCUGGAGGAAUUUUUGAGCUUGCAAAGGUGAUCAUUCAGGAUGACCCUCAACCACCUCAUGCACUGUGGGAGUCAGCUGCUUUGGUCCUCUCUAACGUUUUACGCUUUAAUGCUGAGUACUAUUUUAAAGUUCCCGUGGUGGUUCUUGUGAAAAUGCUGCACUCAACACUUGAGAGCACUAUCACUGUGGCUCUUAACGCCUUAAUUGUUCAUGAAAGGAGUGAUGCCUUAAGCGCCAUACAGAUGACUGAAGCUGGAGCCAUAGAUGCUCUUUUGGACCUUUUAAGAUCUCAUCAGUGUGAAGAAGCAUCUGGAAGGUUACUUGAAGGACUAUUUAAUAAUGUGCGGAUACGAGAGAUGAAGGUCUCUAAGUAUGCAAUAGCACCUUUGUCCCAAUAUCUGUUAGAUCCACAAACCAGAUCGCAAUCUGGUAAGCUUCUUGCAGCUCUAGCUCUUGGAGACCUUUCCCAGCAUGAGGGACUUGCCAGAGCUAGUGAUUCUGUUUCUGCCUGUCGUGCAUUGAUAAGUUUGCUUGAAGAUCAGCCCACAGAGGAUAUGAAAAUGGUAGCAAUCUGUGCAUUGCAAAACUUUGUCAUGCACAGCAGAACAAAUCGGCGAGCUGUCGCAGAAGCAGGUGGCAUAUUGAUCAUUCAGGAAUUACUACUGUCUCCCAAUCCAGAAGUCUCUGCACAGGCAGCAUUGCUGAUCAAAUUUUUAUUUUCUAAUCACACACUUCAAGAGUAUGUGUCAAACGAGCUAAUUAGAUCAUUGACAGCUGCACUUGAAAGAGAGAUGUGGUCCUCGGCAACUAUCAAUGAAGAGGUCUUAAGAACCUUGCACGUGAUAUUUUCCAACUUCCCCAAGCUCCAUAUCUCCGAAGCAGCUACUCUCUGCAUUCCCAAUUUAAUAGGAGUUCUAAAAUCUGGUAGUGAGGCAGCUCAGGAAUCUGUAUUAGACACCCUAUGCUUGUUAAAACAAUCUUGGGCAACCAUGGCAAUAGAAAUAGCAAAAUCUCAAGCCAUGAUUGCUGCUGAAGCCAUUCCCACACUGCAAAUGCUCAUGAAGACCUGCCCGCCGAGUUUCCAUGAGAGAGCAGACAGCCUUUUACAUUGCUUACCCGGUUGCUUGACUGUUACAAUUAGGCGUGGAAUCAACCUCAAGCAGGCUAUGGGAAGCACAAAUGCCUUUUGUCGAUUAACAAUAGGCAACGGUCCUGCUCGACAAACCAAGGUAGUGAGCCACAGUAUUUCUCCAGAGUGGGAAGAAGGGUUUACAUGGGCAUUUGAUGUACCUCCGAAGGGACAAAAGCUUCACAUCGUUUGCAAAAGCAAAAAUACUUUUGGGAAGAAUACUCUGGGAAAAGUGACUAUCCAAAUUGACAAAGUUGUUACUGAAGGGGUAUACAGUGGAUUGUUCAGCCUUAAUCACGAUGGCAACAAAGACGGAUCUUCGCGCUCACUAGAAAUUGAGAUUAUCUGGUCCAACAGAAUAUCAAAUGAAGGUAUGUGAAGAGACAUACCUCGGAUGAGGAAUACGGCAAUUGGGCAGCAAAUACACCCACAAAGCUAUGCAAUAGAAAAAUAAAUAAUUAUCUUAAUAGGGCGGGCGAAUUUCUUAUGGUUGUAGUUGUUGAUGUCUUCUGGAGGUCCAGUUUUGUAGUCUUAAGUUGUCUUAAGUGUAAAUUAUAUUCGUUAACUUGAAAGUGGAAAGGCAUUGCCACGAUAUAGGAAUUUUAAAAGCUGAUAGGAGUUUGUACAGGUAAGUCUCUGUAGGUGUUAGCUUUUCAGAGAUACUAGGAAUAAACAUUUUAAAAUCCGUGAAUUUGAGCUUUUUCCAUGAAAUUAUGCCCUUUCAAUGACGUAAAUAGGGCUGUACAUGUUGUAUUUGUUACCUGUACUAUUUUCAAAUAGCAUCCACAUGGCCAUUGGUUUUGAGAAAAGAUUCCUUUUGGGCAACAAACUCUGAUAUGCAAAUUGUUGUUUGCAAUUUCUUGACUUGGUAAGUUUACCAAUCCCCAGUACCAUAUCAUGUACUUAUAGCAA